CAGGCCCACUUUACUGCUCUGCUGAGUGGAGACAGUGGAGCUGUUGUGUCUGAGACCUUUAACCUCGCUGCACCAACGUGGCAACCCCUCUGUGAAUUUAGACGCUGUGUCGAGGUAAAGUCUGACAGCCUCUUCUGUUUGACUUUCCCACUGCAGCAUGUUGGAGCAAGAAGCCUGCUGGGUUCAUGUUGCAGAGGGAGGAGAUGAAGAGCUGGCAGUCGGACAAGCCGGGAGUGAUGAGGGGAGAGAAAACAGAGGAAAAAAGCAGAAAAAUUACAGCUUAAUGCAACGAAGGGGACGUUAUUUAGCUGCUUUGAGUUUCCAGACAGAAAUCAUUCAAAGAAAAGACGUUUAACAAGAAGUAGGGAGUGAAUGAAGGGGCAGGCUGGUGAAAAGUGCUGCAGGGCAGCGGGAGCGAUUGUGGGCGGGGAGAGAGGAAGUGUGGUGGACAGGAGAGGAAUUUAAAGCCUCAUUGUCCUGGAAGAGCAGAGGCAGCGAGAACCCAGGAGGAGGAGGAGGACAACAUGGACGCGAGCGCAGCCAUGGAGAAGAUGUCUCUCAGAGGUCCUGGCCAGUGUCUGCUCUGUAAAGGCAGCUGUUCUGGAUAUCAGCCCCAUUCUUGGAGGAAGGCCUGCAUGGCGUGCGGCUGCAGCUCGGCAGACCACGCUCCUGAGGGCGACCAGGAGGAUGACCAGCGGAUGGGACGCCUGCUGGGAGACUCGCCCUGCUCACACUUAACUGCAAAGGUCAAAGGAGGCGGCGGCCUUCGGGUGUACAAGAGAAACCGGAUGAUUGUGACCAACCCGGUGGUUUCACGCAAAGACCCAACUUUCCACACCACCACAUACGACUGGGCCCCCGCCGGACUCAACCAGAAACUGGUGAGAUUCCUGCAGUUUCUGACGUCCUGCUGGCAGACGGGAAACAGUCCGUUAUUCUUUUCUAGAAUCACAUUAAUUUGUUUAAUUCCUGAUUAUUUAAUUGUAAACAUGUUUAAACAUUUAAUGCUCCACUUACCUGCAGCUCUGCACAAACCUUUUCUUCGUGCUUUUGUCUUCCAGCGCUGCAUUGGCUGCCAGCAGGAGGUUCUGAAGGACAGUCCAGCUGUCUACGCAGAGCGUGCAGGCUACCUGGACGCCUUGUGGCAUCCCACCUGCUUUGUUUGCUCAGUGUGCGGCCAUGGCCUGGUGGACCUGGUGUACUUCUGGUCCAACCAGAAGCUGCUGUGCGGUCGGCAUUACUGUGAGUCUGUGUGGCCGCGAUGCUCCGGCUGCGACGAGCUCAUCUUCUGCAGGUCGUUCAGGAGGGCCAAAGACGGACGGGCCUGGCACCCUCAGCAUUACAGCUGCUGGCGCUGCGGCCAGAGCCUGGACUCCCCCUGUCAGCACUGAUCACAUGUCUAAUAAACACAGAGGAAAAUAGACACCAUUGCUGGAAAUGAAAUGCGACAUGGCUCCUUUUGUUUUAACGGAGUGAUUAAAGUAAAUCCUUCAUCAUAAAGAGCUGAAUUAUGAUUUUAUCUGAAACUCACAUGUUAAACAUCUUCAUCAGUGUGUGAAACACUUGGAAGGACAUUAAACUGUUUGCAAAGCACUCAGACUCAUCCAGAAAGGUUUCAAGUGGCUCUUAAAGCUCUGACAUUUUUCAGAUGUUAGUUCAGGCUGCAACUGUAUGGAAGCCCAGAGAGGACAUUUCAUAAAAACCAAUAAAACAUGUGGAAAAUGAACAAAGUGAAAGCUCU